GACGCAGUGGAGUAUGCAGAGUGCGAGGCAGCAGUAAAGGCACACCCGCCCUUUCAAGAGGCGAUGAGGCGACGGGGCGUAGAUGACAUGGAUCUAGUCAUGGUGGACGCCUGGUGUGUGGGGUACUACUCUGAAGCGGAUCACCCCAAUCGCCGCCUCGCUAAGCCGCUAAUCUUCUGCCGCUGCCCCUCUGACUGCUGCUUGGACAAUGGAUACGCCAGGCCUGUGGAGGGUAUAUACGUGACUGUGGAUAUGCAGAGUAUGGAAGUGAUCAGGUGCGAGGACAGGGAGGUCAUCCCGUUGCCCCCGCCCGACCCGCUGCGCAACUACACGGCCGGGGCGGACAGGGGGGGCGUGGACCGCCCUGACUUGAAGCCCAUCAAAAUAGAGCAGCCGGAAGGGCCAAGCUUCCGCGUGAAUGGAUACGCCGUGGAGUGGCAGAAGUGGAGUUUCCGAGUGGGGUUCACGCCUAAAGAGGGCCUGGUGCUACACGCCCUAGCGUACGACGAUGGCAGCAGCGGCAGGAGGGGCAUUGCGCACCGGCUGAGCUUCUGUGAGAUGGUGGUGCCGUAUGGCGACCCCCACGAGCCCCACUACCGCAAAAACGCCUUCGAUGCCGGCGAGGACGGGCUGGGGAAGAAUGCACACUCUCUCAAGAAGGGCUGUGAUUGUCUAGGCUUCAUCCGCUACUUUGACGCGCACAUGAGCAACUUUAUCGGCGGGGUGGAGACGAUAGAGAACGCCGUGUGCAUGCAUGAGGAGGACCAUGGCAUGCUCUGGAAGCACGUGGACUGGCGCUCGGGGCACACGGAAGUGAGGCGGUCGAGACGCCUGGUGCUCUCUUUCGUGUGCACCGUGGCCAACUACGAAUACGGCUUCUUCUGGUACCUCUACCAGGAUGGCAAGAUCGAAGCGCAAGUGAAGCUGACGGGCAUUCUGUCGGUGGGAACUCUGAGGGAGGGCGAGGAGAGAAAGUACGGCACGCUGCUGGCGCCGGGGCUGUACGCUCCCAUCCACCAGCACUUCUUCGUGGCUCGCAUGGACAUGGCUGUUGACUGCCGGCCAGGGGAGCAGGCUAAUCAGGUGGUGGAGCUGAAUGUGAGGAUGGAGUCGGAGGGCCCCCACAACCCGCACGCGAAUGCCUUCUAUGCGGAGGAGAGGGUGCUUCGGACAGAGGGCGAAGGGAUGAGAGAUGUGGAUCCUAUGUCUGCUCGCCACUGGCUGAUCCAAAACACUCGGGCAGUCAACAGGGCAGGUCGGCCCACCGCCUACAAGCUCGUGCCGGGGUCCAACUGCCUGCCCUUCUCGCAGCCCGAGGCGAAAUUUCUCCGCCGGGCAGCUUUCCUGAAGCACAACCUGUGGGUCACGCCAUACCACCCGGAGGAACGGUUUCCGGGCGGCGAGUUCCCGAACCAGAACCCCAGGGUUGGCGAUGGGCUGUCCUCGUGGGUGCAGCAGAACAGAUCCAUUGACAAUGCUGACGUGGUGCUUUGGUACGUGUUUGGCCUCACCCACGUGCCACGGCUGGAAGACUGGCCGGUCAUGCCCUGUGAAUACCUCGGCUUCUGCCUCAUGCCACAUGGUUUCUUCAACAUAUCUCCUGCUGUUGAUGUCCCGCCUAGCGAACCUGAAAUUGCUGCUGAAGCAGGCGCUUCUGUUUCUACUCCUAGCGCUAGCAAAGAAGGGAGUGACUGUUGUGGUGGGGCGACUCAGCCGAGCCUCUCGUCAAAACUAUGA